AUGGCUCCCACUCCAAGUCCCCUCUAUACAUUCCGCCAAGUGGAACGCUCUGACCUAGAUGCACUGGAAGAACUCCUUUUCACCUCCAAGCUUUCAUUGACAAUCAACAGACUCUUGUUCAAGGACUGGCCCAAUGAAGCAGCACAAAGACGCAACUAUCGGGCUGCUCUAGAGAAUCAGGAUUUCGAAAGCGACGACCGAGAAAGGUUAGGUGUAAUCGACAACGCCUCUGGAAAGCUUAUCGGCUUUAUCGCCCUUUGUCGCAGACAACCUGAACUUCAUACGCAGGCCGCCAGUCCCAGUGUUGAUGGCCCCGAGAAGCAGAUGAAUAUUCCAGAUCAUUUCAAUCCAGAGGUCUACAAUGCUGUGAUGAACGCAGUGCGCGAACUUUCCUUUACCGGUCUAGAGACGAGGGAGCAUUAUGAGGUGGUAUACAUUGCCGUGGAUCAUGCCUUCCGUCGUCGAGGUAUAGGCCGAGAUUUGGUUCGGCAUGUCUUUGCCAAAGCAAAGGCUGCUGGUGUACCUGUCGCCGUAUCCUCAGAGCCGCAAGCCUACGCAUUCUUUACCGAGAUGGGCUUUGAAGAAACCAAGUCGGUAGAGAUGGAUCUCGCACAGUGGGCACCUUCCUAUUCCGGCUUUGGGGCAUUUAGAUUGAGGUCGAUGAUCUGGAACCCUUAG